GCGGCAGACGAGCAUGGCAGCAUCCGCUCGUUCGCUGGUGUGGACGCUAGUCUUUAUAGUUGUCGUUCUUGGUAUAUUGUCGCGACGGGCUACUUUAAGUUUUGGACAUGUUAAAACGACAAAGAAACGAAUGAAUGAGAAAAAGAGCUGAAAACUGCUUGAUAUUAAAAUGAGUUAAGCUCAACAAGCCGCUAAAAGAGCAGCCAUCUUUUCCGUCCUGGCGCGUAGGCCUAUUCACGUAAACACAUCAAUAUCAUUGUAUAAUGCUCAGAUUUUUCUGGUACCAUUUACAAAGUAAAGCAACAGCACGUUUGCAAAAGAUAGCCCUAUGGGGGAGUCUGAACCUGAACAAACAAACAGUUGAUGAUAAUGUCUUUCAAGUGGGGCCAAUUGAUUGUGUUCAUUUCACUUAAAUCCAGCUAAAACUCGUCUGAGAGUUUUGGCUCAACACUGUGCCAAAGAGGCCAGAGUCCGGCCUCUGGACAAACAAUCAAACAUUUCAUCUGUGAGGUCAUCGGUUCACCACCAGCUGCAGACCAGUGGACAGAUCAUUUGUUUUUCAUUGUUGUAGUAGUCAAAGCCCAGAAAGAUUCUCCACUAGCUACACAAGCUAUCACAGGAUGGAAGCUGGGAAUUAAUGCCUCUCAUGCUGACAUGGUUUAUAACAGCACACCAGGAAUGGAAGGAAAAACCAUUCAUCUCGCUUAAUCGGAUAUUGAAGCAUUUUUCUCAGAACAAAGCAUUGUGUAACAGAUUGUGGCUGGAUAUUAAGUGGAUUCCAGGCUUCUUAGGACAACUAACUGAAGAAAAGGAACAAAAUGCAUUGAAAGGACGCAGAAAGAGAAAGAAUUAUUUUGCACCCAGUGAAAAACCUAACCAGCAGAAACAUCUAACUCAGCUGAUUUCAUCAUGUUGAUCAGUAAAGCCAUGGCUUGGAAAUGGAUCAAGACUUUUGUUUAUUUGUCAAUGUGCAUCACCUCUGCUGUGGGUAACGAGAAAGCAUCCCCCAAGUGUGCCGACUUCAACAACACCACUUGGCUGGAAUACAGACAGGGCGCCAAGCUCCAGGUUCAGUACCUUCUUCUUACACGAAAGAAUGCAGACUGCGCCAGCCUCUUCACACAGGACUGCCUCAACCAUACCCAGAAACACACGGCUUACUUCAACUCAUCCCUCCCCACUAAAGUCAUUGUUCAUGGAUACAGGGCUCUGGGCAGUAAGCCUUCCUGGGUGAGUGGCUUAGCCCAGGCUCUACUGCGGGAAGAGGACGUGAAUGUUCUGGUGGUGGACUGGGUCUAUGGAGCCUCCUUUGCUUAUAACCUGGUGGUAGAGAACUACAAGGAGGUGGCAGUGCAGAUAUCAGUGCUUAUCAAUCAGCUUACGAAAUAUGGAAGCACGCUGGAAUCUUUUCAUUUCAUUGGUGUGAGUCUUGGAGCACACGUGUCUGGAUUUGUUGGGACCCUAUUUGAAGGCAAGCUGGGUCGAAUUACAGGUCUGGACCCAGCAGGCCCAAUGUUCAAGAGUGCUGAUCCAUUUGACCGUCUGGAUUCAUCUGAUGCUUUGUUUGUUGAGGCAAUACACACUGACUCUGACUACUUUGGUAUUUCUAUUCCUGUUGGGCAUGUGGACUUCUUCUUAAAUGGCGGAAUGGACCAAGCCGGUUGUGCACGCUCAAGGUUUGCUUCAAUUUUUAUCUACUUUCCAGUGUAUGGUUAUGUCAUUUGUGACCACAUGAGGGCACUGCACGUCUACAUGAGCGCCCUGAACAGCUCCUGUUCCCUUAUUGGUUUCCCCUGCUCCAGUUAUGAGGAAUUCCUGGCAGGAAAAUGCGUCACCUGCGAGGGCCCCUUCAAUGGCACAUGCCCGCAAAUAGGCUUGUUAAAGAAUAGUGGGAUAACAGCUAAUCCCCUGCCAAAUCAAGAGAAGGCCUAUCUCCUGACCACUGCUACGGCUCCUUAUUGUGUGCAUCACAUCCUAGUGGAAUUGAAGGUUUCCCCUUUAGACAAGGCUGCUGAUGUUCAGCUCACCCUGAUCUCUGUGGGACACCCCGAGACAGAGCUGAAACUCAAACUAAAUACAGAUGAAUUGUUGCAUAAAAAGGUGGCUGCACACCCAGAGCAACUGUGUAAAAUUGACUCCGUGCAGCUGAAAAACACAGGAGCACGAUUCUACAGACAAGGAGAUAUUCAUUUUGAGUAUAUCUGCAUCUCUGAAGUCCCUCAAACCAGAGGGCUGGAUCCAUUAUGUGUGAAGAACAUUAAUAUUGGACGGGGAGUGCCAUGGUCACACGACUUUGUACAGUUGUGCUAAAUUAAAAGAACAACACAAAAUCUACUUAAGAGAGCUCGUACGUAAGUCGUAAAUUAGUGAGACUCAAGCGAAGGUCACACACUAAAUCUUGGGUUGGGAGGCAUUAAAGCUUGGCGACAAAGACAUAAAUAGGAUACAAGGGGACUGAAAUGCUUAAACUCUGUUAGAUAUAUUUAUUAAGUUUUAGCACUUAUAUAAUGUACAAUAUGAUUUUUGUGCUCUGUUCCAGAGAGUGUUAGUGAAAUAUCAGCCAAGAGGAAUCAAGUCAGUCAUUCAACACUCAGUAGUUCUUUUUUGUGUUAAAAUGUGUGUUGAAAGUACUGGUUCAUUAUCAAUGAUUAAAAUGUUUGGAGUGGUGCAAUACUCAAGGUACUUUUCAUUAUUUUGGCACUCUGAUUAGCGUCUCUAACUGCAUACUGCAUUCUUGAUAUUAAAAAUUCAAAUCUGUUCAUUUACGUUUAGUGAUAAGUCACAUUUUGAACCCAGCACUUAACAAUUGGCCCCAUGAAAAUACAUUUUCAUCAAAUGGUCAGUGUACAGUCUCAGAAGAUGAUGCGGAAGCAUUUACUAACUUCCUAUUAUGAUAAAGCACACACUUUUGUAAUAAAUCUCAUUAUCUAUCUAAUAUAACUCUGAAGUGCUGUUAAAAUUCAUUUGUGUUUCAAAAUCUAAUUUGUUGCCUGUCUCAUGUAUUCCAAACAGAUUUAAGUAACUAAGCACAUGCCAAUAAAAAUAAAACAGUCAUUUUAUGUGUAAUGUGGAAUCAUAUAUAACAGUAUCUGUUUUGGGAGGUUUGAUCUUUUGUCAUGUCACUGUCCAAAACAAAAGGACAUUUAAAGAAUAUUUUUACUGUGCGGUGUUAAUGUUGUCUUCCUUUGUAUGAGGGGAAACCGAUUCGAUGGUGAUUUUGGUGGAGGAAUCGUUCAGAUGUUAUGGUCUUUACACUGCUGAAACCAUUCCUACAGCUUUGGGGUGUCAGUAGGGGCCAGUGGGGCACCUCCUCUUUGGAAUCGAAGUCUUCCUGGAUUAUCAUCCUCUGUUAGAUUUAUGGAAAAAGGUGACACAUUAAA